AUGCAUCCUUCCCUAGUAGUCGGCUUUGCGGUGGCGAUAAUCGCAUAUCUCGCACUUCAAUUCCUACUACAUGGCACACAAAGCAAGAGAGAGCCAUGCAUUUUAGAGACCACGGUACCAUUCUUCGACUCAGCUAUCGGUAUCUUGCGUCACAGAGCCAACUAUCUGUCAAAUCUAAGGAGCAAGUACCGGAUGUCGAUCUACACCCUGCGGAUGCCAUUUCAACGCCUCUAUGUUGUGCAUGCGCCAAACUUAAUUCAAACCAUUCAGAGCAAAGCUAAUGCCGCAACCUUCAUUCCCAAUUUGUUGGAUUUUGGCAUGCUCUUCAGCGGUUUAAACGAACAGUCACAACGGACACUUCGAGACGCAUUUGGUGUCCAGGGAAAUGGUUUUACCAUGAGCGUGCACAAGUAUCUACUGUCCGGACCUUCGCUCAAGGCUGCAACAAGAGCGGCAGUCGAUCGACUUAGUGCGAGUGUGCCGAACCAUUUUGAGGAUGACCGUCAAGGGGGAUUGCUAGAGUUGGUCCGUCAUGAGCUUACGCUCGCAUUGACUGGAGCCAUCUAUGGGCCUGAGAAUCCGUACGAUGAUCCAGACGUCGAAGCAAGCUGGAGAGAUUUCCUUCCCGGAAUCAGCCACUUACUUUAUAGUCCCUGUCCUUCCGUGACAGCUCGCAAGGCUCUAAACGCCAGGACCCGCGUCAUUCAUGCAUUCAGGAAGUAUUUCCAGACUGGCGGUCACCUACAGGCAUUCCCAAUGAUUGCGGAGAUGUACGAAACCAACAAGAGUCACGGCCUGGCCUUGGAUGAGGCGGCAAAGAUGGAAAUGGCCACUUCGCUUGCUAUGCUCAGCAGCGGCGCGGUCACUACGUUCUGGCUACUGUUCCACAUUCUCUCCGACCCCGAUGUUAUGAUGGCUACUCGUGAAGAGCUACAUGCUGUAGCCAAAUUGGAAUCCACAAGCGACAAUAGCGUUCCGAGAACAAAAGUCCUCGAUCUGAGCGGUAUCAAGGGAAAGUGUCCUACACUUGUGGCAAUGCUCAACGAGACUCUGCGCUACCACAGCACAGUGAUCAAUAUCAAGCAAGUACAGCAUGACACCACUCUCGGCGAUCAAUACUUGCUAAAGAAGAACGGCAUUGUUAUGAUACCCGGUGAAAGCGUACACCAUAACGUGGAUAUUUGGGGCCCUAGUGCCGACACGUUCGACCACCACCGUUUUCUUUCCCCAGAUAGCAAGAAGAAACUAUCAACAACAUCCGCUUUUCGGCCGUUUGGGGCGGGUGCAACGAUGUGCCCUGGUCGCCACUUCUCGACAAGUGUCAUUCUGAGCUUGGUCGCAAUGGUGGUACUGCAGUACGAAGUUUUGCCUCUGCAGGGACAGUGGAUAGCGCCUACGAAGCGAAAUGCGGACCUGUGGAAUGCGAUGCCCAAGCCGGACUGGGAUAUAGACGUCAGGCUGUCGAAGAUGAGGGUAGAGGAGAAUCCUGUCGAAUGGAGAUUUGCAUGGGGAGAGGAUGCGGUGAAGAAUCUAUUUUGA